AUGCAUAUUCAGUGGUGGGUUGACAACUUGGAAUUCUCUGUUAAAAAGGUUUCUCACGGAAAUCCAACCAUUGUAGUUCACACGGACGCGAGCUUAAAGGGAUAUGGUGGCUGCAUUAAGGCCCUAAAUGCUGAAACAAAUGGGGUUUGGUCUGUUGAUGAACAAAACCUACAUAUUAAUAUAUUAGAACUUAAAGCUUGUAAAUUAUCUUUGAUUGCAUUGUGUCAAAAUCUAAAAAAGGUUCAUAUUCGGAUUUAUUCUGAUAACACUACAUGUUGUGCCUACAUUAACAAAUUAGGGGGGCGCUGUAAGGAAUUAAAUGAUCUCUCAAGAGAAAUAUGGUUCUGGUGUAUUGACAGGGGCAUACAUUUAAGUGCAGCACAUGUGGCAGGAUCUGCAAAUACAGAGGCAGAUAGAUUGUCAAGACAAUUCAAUGACGAUUUAGAAUGGUCGCUAAAUGAUUUAGUGUUUAAAGAAAUUGUGGUAAAAUUUGGGAUCCCAGAUAUUGACAUGUUUGCGUCCAGAUUAAAUAGAAAAUUAGAUAAUUAUGUCUCAAGGCUACCGCAGCCUGAGGCAUGGGCAAUUGAUGCAUUUUCUUUGGACUGGGAAAACAAAUUACUAUAUAUGUUUCCUCCUUUCAGUUUGAUACCGAAGGUGCUGCAGAAAGUUAUACAAGACCAAGCAGAAGUUAUUCUGGUGGCUCCAGUCUGGACGACACAAGGUUGGUGGGCACAAUUACUUCACUUGCUAAGUCAGCAAAGCUACUUACUUCCGCCAUCACAGGAAAUACUCCACCUUCCGCACAAGCCAGACAGAAAACAUCCGCUCAAGUAG